CUUAGGAAGCAGAAGGGAUACAAAAGCAAUAGAAUGCCUAAGUAAGAUUCUGCAUGGAAACAUGGGUGAGUGCAAUUCCUUAUCCCGUGCCAGCAAAGUGGUUCCUCCGGCUGCUGCGAGGACACAAUGAAAGCCCACAACAGAUAAAGAACAUCAAGAGGGAAAUUAAGAGUCUAAUUGGUGUCUUAGGAGCCACCUGAGCGAAAUGACCUUUGGGUACUGGUAGCAGCAGUGUCUGAGAAAGCACUGAUGGUAUCAGCCCUCAGCCAGGAUCCUUCUAAGUCCCAUCCACCAACCCCAGGAAUUUGCUGGGCUGGAUGGAAGAGGCUGCAUGAGACUCAUGCAGAUGAAUCACCCACACAAACCUGAAGCCCCACCUCACACUGGUAUUGAAAUUUAAAACAGCCAGGAGAUUAUUUGCAGCCUGGUUUGGGAGCUCUGCUGACACGAGAAGCCCUCGGAGUGGCGGGAGGGAGAGCAGCCUGAUCCAGGUGGGCUCCCAGCACGUGCUCCUGGGUGCCUGAGCGUGGGCUGAGGCUCUGCCACUCCACACACCUACUUCCUGCAAUCCUGGCAAUUACCAAUCGAGUAAAACCCAGUUUCUGACGUGGCUGACUCAGCAAGGGCUUGGCUCAAAACAAACACAUCCACGCAGGGAGCCGCAGCCCGGGAAGCAGCGACGGGUGGCUCAUGAAGGGACGGCAGCGACAGCGCUGGGGAGCUUUGGCAUUCUGGGUCCAACCUGGCUGAAUUCCUGGACUCCUGGCUGAGCUCUCCCUGGAGAGCUUCUUCAUCCUGGUGAGUGUGGCAGACCCAGUUCUCCGAGUGCUCCAGCAGCUUCUCCUCUCCGCUCCUGGAUUCCGGGCUGAUCCAACAGGGCGUAAGUCUCCUCUGCACUCCGUUCUCCCAACGCUGUCUCCCGUGUUGCUGCUUUUUACAUCCCCCUUCUCCUGUAUUCCCUGGGUUCCUUCGGUGGGACUGAGUCACUGUCUCGUUCCCAGCCACCCACGGCGCUUUUCCGGCAGUGCCCCUCCGCAGAAGGUGCCUGGUUACCAUGGCACCCGAGUGCCCUUCUGUUCUAGAUGCCAGAUUAGAUCUGUUCUCAUGGUGACUGUGCCUCUGCUGUUCCCCACCAGCCCGGAGCCGCAGCACACGUUUGACGAGCUCCCUCACGGACCGCCGCUCCUCUCCACUCCAGGGGGAAACUCCUUGAGAUCCAAGACGAGCCAAGCGCUCCUUGCCACGGCGUGGACUUCGCAUUUCCUGCACUACCAGCCUCUCUGUUUUCCUUGCAGCUCCAGGAACGGGGCAGGAAGAGGUUGUUCCUGUUGCGUGGCUCUCUGCUGAUCCCUCGGCUCCCGCCUGUGAGGAGCCAGCAUUCCUGCUCCUCGCUGCCUUUCCUCAGCAUGGAUACUUGGCGCAGGGGGUCCAUCAAGUCCACCACCUUCUUCCGACGCUUCUCCCUCAGGAGGCACAAAAAGCUGGGCAACCAAGUCAUCAUCCUGAACCAGAACAGCCACACUCUGGACACAGAUGGCCAGAAGAGGGAAUGCUUGAGGGAUCUGAAGGACAAGUCUGAGUACCUGUCCUGUCAGAGUGAGCAGAACCUGGCCAAGGCACAAGCCCCUCCCAAGCCUCCCCGGCUGUACCUGGACAGUUCCAGCUGCCCCAACAUCAUCGAUCGCACAGAUUCCCACUCUGACCUCUCCUUUUCCGACGCUGCUCCGUACCACAAAGCCACUCCAACGCACAAGGACCAGGCUACAGACCGCGGCACCUCAGAGGCAGGUCUCCCGAACAGCACCACUCUUCCCGACCUGGCUGACCCCUUCCUGUCCUUCAAAGUGGAUUUGGGGCUAUCACUCCUCGAGGAUGUGCUGCAGACCCUCAGGAAACAGAACCCGAGGGAUUACACCAUUUGAAGGUAUUCACUGUCCAUCACAUCCCAGUUACUCACUGCUGCUGCCAGUUCCUCCAGUUCCGGCGGGAGGAAGGAUACUGGAGCAUGCCUGUUGUGUGUGGCCUGUUUUGUUGUCCUCACCUCGCCCACC